AUGAAGCCAGGACAGAUCAGAUUGUCUCUACACAGACCUCCACAGCACACACAUCCAACCAUGGCACCGACAAUCACUGCAGCAAUGACCAACUCUGAGGAGCAUCUGACUCUGACACACAAGCUGAGAAAGCCUCUGGUUGAGAAGCUCCGCAGAGAGCGAAUCAACAGCAGCAUCGAGCAGCUCAAGUCUCUCCUGGGUCCAGAGUUCCUCCAACAGCAGCCAGACUCCAAGAUGGAGAAAGCAGACAUCCUGGAGAUGACAGUGUGUUUUCUGAGACGACUGCAGCAGCAGCAAGAGGAGACACACUUCCUGUCCCAGAGAAGACACCUCUAUGAACGUCAGACCAGCUCUGAUCAGACCCUGAACGUAGAUGGGUUCUCCUGCUCCUCACUCAGAACUGACUUUACUAAAGGAAGACCUGCAGUCAAUGUCGGCCUCUGGAGGCCAUGGUAGAAACUUACUGGCAAACUCCAUACAUGACCAUAUUGGUCAAAGAUGAUGGACAUUUGCAGUUUUAUGUCUUGUUCUCUGUGUGUACAGAGGUUCAAUUCUUAGUCCUGUCUCAAUGUUUUGUGAUUCCAUUUCCAGUGGAAAUGUUUCCGACAAAAUCUCUCCUGAUGAGAAACAGAGAAACUUGUGCAUUUUGCAUGAAUCAGAUUUGAUUGAAUCAGUCAUUUUUAUGAUGUGUGAUGUGUUUAUGAUGG